AUGCAGAAUCUUGACAAUUUCGGUGUCUACGAUGUUGACGAGACCGGGCGUUCAAUUGGUACCAUAGACUUCUGGGAAUGGGAACCAGAAGGGCGUUGGCCGCCUUAUGAAGAGCAUCGCAAAUGGAGAACCAUCGGGGUCAAACCCAAGACAGAAAAACCGAAGCCGGGCAAAGGGAGCGACGCACAGCCAGGCCCUCCGCCAACCCUGGACGACUUGAUGGCCGACUACGACAAGCGCAGAGAGUGGUUUAAGGAAAGGUUUAGAGAAAGUGAACUGCACCUUCACGGUGUAAAGGACAAGACAGGCGAAGGAUGCUCUAAGCGCCUCUCACCAGGCAACUUCGCGUCCCGGAUCGAGAAGUUUGGCAUGCGCACUGACGCCUUGAAUGACCAUUUGCCUCCUUGGCCCUCGAAAGAGGUGUGGCAGCACAAAAGAGACCGGGAGUUGGCUCGUCUGGUCUGGAAAGAUUUCUUCACUCCCCUCAAUGUUUGUGCCGGAACCUUGGAAGGUCGCCUGCCUUCGAGACCGCAACGUUCCGAGUACGUCAGCGAACAGAAGUGGAUGACCUCUGAGAAGAACUGGAUAAAUCUCUUCACUGACGAACCGGCCGAGGAAUACAGAGGCACCAUUCCGACGCCUGACCGCCCGACAUGCCCAAGGGCGGCCAUGAAGAAACUUGCCCAACUUGGAAAGCACCUGAAAGACGUGGAGGGCGUGCCGAAGGAGGACGAGAAAUGGGCUUUGCUGGAUACCUAUGCGUCCGAGCUGCUGGAGAAAAGGAUGUGCCGGGACCAAAUCCUCGUGGUCCUGGCCAAGCCCAGCAGGAAGGCGUACUCGAGCCUCCGGGAAUGGUGGUCCGACCGGCGCAAAUGGAACAAGUACAUUGCCAGUCUCGAAAAGGGAGAGGAUGUCCCGCUCCCGAAACUGGACAUUGACUCCGUCGGAAAGAAACAGCCUGCGCGAGACCAACCGGCAGAGGGAGAACAUGACCGCGCGAAGGAUCAGCACACCACGAAAGGCAAACUUCGCGGCAAGGACUUUCCGCGGACGAGACUCGAUACCAUCCCCGAAGCUGGGGCGUCGGAUGAAGGCGAGGAGCGUGCCGGCGGAGACGACUCCGCAAGAGAUGAAGGAGAAGGAGGCGUCCAGGACCACGAGAUUGAUGACCACGGCGUGCUGGACACCAUCCCGGAGCGCGACGAGAUUGAAGACAACGCGCCCUCCGAAGACAGCACUGCUGGUCCUGGAAGCAGGAGGCGGGGCAGAAAUAGGCAGGGCGCGGAUCACAUCAAGAGGUCCUUCAGUGCAUGA